UUGCAGGGUGUCUGCAAAGAGCUCUGCGAUGUUUGCACCGAGUUGGGCUGGCAAAAACCGACAGAUAUCCAGUCCAAGGUUAUACCAGUUGCUCUCCAAGGCAAGGAUAUUGUGGGCUUAGCUGAAACUGGCAGUGGAAAGACCGGGGCCUUUGCUAUUCCCAUACUGCAGAACCUCUUAAUUAAGCCACGCUACAACUACGCGCUUAUCAUGACACCGACGCGUGAACUGGCUCUCCAGAUUAAAAACCACUUUCUCGACUUGGGCUCCAAAUUUGGCCUCAAAGUCCUCUGCCUGGUUGGUGGCCAGCAUGUUGAGGAUCAGUACCGAGCAAUCAAGUCCAUUCGCCACCACAUAAUUGUUGGCACGCCAGGUCGUAUAGUUCAUCACAUUGAAAAUUGCCGAGAACUCAUUCUCGGGCGCAUACGUUAUUUCGUUCUCGACGAAGCCGACCAAAUGCUGGGCGGAAACUUUGACACCCAACUCGAGACUAUCCUGUCAAAAUUGCCAACGAAACGCAAAACGUACCUUUUCUCAGCAACUAUGUCUGGAAAUUUGGACAAAGUGCAGACAGCUUGUCUUCGAAUGCCGGUGCGCCUGGAGACUGCGAAAAAGUACACUACUGUAGACAACCUGGAUCAUGCUUUUGUGUUCUUGCCGGACCAAAAGAGAGACAUUUAUGUCUCGAAACUGCUUGCAGACCUCGGUGGUAGUAUAUCCAGUGAGUCACGCACUAUUGUCUUCGUUGCCACUGCUCGCGAGUCAGUUCGUCUCGGUGAAAUGCUUCGAUAUCUAACAAGAAAGGAUCGGGUUGUCGUUUUGAAUGGCCUAAUGCGCCAAGAGAAACGUGGCGUUGCCCUUCAGAACUUCAAGUCAGGUGAAGCCAAUAUCAUGGUCGCCACAGAUCUGGCCUCUAGAGGUCUUGAUAUCCCCGAGGUGCAACUGGUCAUUAAUUACGACGUUCCGACGCAUCCUUCGUCGUGGAGCGAGUCAGCGAAGGCGUACGUCCAUCGCGUGGGUCGAACUGCUCGUGCCGGACGCCCAGGUCGUGCAAUCACUCUUGUCACGCCGUAUUCCGCCACACGCCUAAAAAUAAUCGAGUCAGCUCUUGGCUCCCGAAUUCCCCAGCUGCCGUGGAUCGACCCGUCUAAAACCGAUCCCCAAUUACUCCACACAAUCGAUCAGGCCACCACCCACGCCAAAACGGUGAGCUGUCAAAGUGUUUACCUGCACGUCUGUGGAAGGGAUUGUCAUAACCUUAGUACAUUGUCUAUCGUCGAUACUGACGUGUCUACAACAUUUCCGGUCACUUCAACUGUGUAUGAUACACUAAAGGAUCUCUGCCGUGAUCUCUUCCAAAGUUAUGUGCUUCGCAACAGCGACAGACGCCAGAAACAGUUGGAGGAGCGACGAAGCAAGAAGCGACGUCGCGGCUCGGGUGACGCCGAGGAACACGACGAGCCUCCCUCUGGGGAUUCCGACGACGCAUUUUAA